AUGACGGAGGAACCCUGGCUAACUAUCGUCUCCGCACAGAAUCUAGCAGAACUUCAACUUCUGCUUCAUGAUAUGCCUUAUGAGUCAAUGUUGUCACUUGGUGAAAAGGCAUUUCGUGAAUUUGUCGGUGCUAACUUCACAGGCUGUAACGCUCGUUGUUCUCUUCCGUCUUUUCUUUCGCAUGACCUUGCAGCCUCCGAAUUAAAGUUCGAUUUCAACGAACCUUUCCCUAAAGUCAGAUCACUGCCACUGCUCUUGCUUGCUAAGAUGGUGAUCCUUGAUCAGAGUCAGCUCACGAUGGUGUGCGCACCUGCUAGGCUACUCGCUUUUAGAAUUGCAUUACUAUGGCAAAAGGUUCUAAAAGAACCAUGCACAACUCUUAAAAAUUUAAUGGAUGAAUAUGCUGAGAAAAUAGAAGUUGAUCAACUGAAAGAGGAGGAGAAGAUUCAGUAUUGUCUUGAAAGAGCCAACUCUCACUUGAUCUACUAUGAUUAUGAGAAAUGUUCGCAAUAUAUCCAAAAUGCUCUGGAGUCUUCUGGUCUCAAUAUAGAAUUAUCAGGGAAGAUGGGAAAACGAACUCGUUUUCAACAACGAAACAUUGCUCAGCUAGUUCUAACUGCGGAAUCCUCGACAGCCACAGAGAAUGACGAAGAUACGGAUGUCCCGAUAGAUUGUGUACUAAAUGACGACACACUUUUAGAAAAGAUUUCGUUAGUGGAUGGUAAUGUGGGAACCACCACCUUGUCUUCAAUACAGUUGGCGGCUGUGUUGACUGUAUUUCGGCUUGAAAGACGAAGUGAACACUGUGACGAACUAUUUGUGGAAAAGGCAAAUGCAUAUUUAGAAGCGAUUAUUCGGCAGCGGCGGUGUUGGCCAGUGCAGACUGCUGCUUUACUAGAGAGGUGCGAACUGGAGAAGACAAGAAAAAGACAUAUUGAGCGGGCAUGCGCUCAAGCAGAAUUGAUCUGCAAAAUAAUGGACGGCGACGAGAUACCUGAUGCAGUGAAACUGAAACGAUGUGACUUGGUACUUGCUAGUGGAUUGGAAGCUUUUUGGAACGCACAUUUUAUUCAUGCGGAAUCACUGCGGACUCUGGGUUGCACCGCGGAAGCUUUGCUUAUAUACGAGAGAUUCGAAAUGUGGGACUGCAUGAUAGAUUGCUUUAAGCAACUUGGCAAAUUGGAGAAGGCUGAAGCACUUAUUCGACGACUACUGCUUGAGCGGCCGAAUGACUCAAUGCUCUACUGCUAUUUGGGGGAUAUUACUAUGGAAGCUAGUUACUAUGAUGCAGCUAUUAAGAUGUCUAAUGAUCAUAACUCGCGAGCACGAAAAUCCUUCGGCUUUCUGAUGUUGCUUCGGAACCAAUUUGACAGCGCCUACAAACAUCUAAGGAGGAGUCUGGAGCUUCAACCUAUUCAGCUAGGCGUUUGGUUCAAUGCCGGCUACUGUGCUUGGAAGCUAGAGCAAUACGCGGAUGCAGUUACUUGCUUCCACCGAUGUGUCAGCUUUGAACCAGAACAUUUUGAAGCCUGGAAUAAUCUUUCUGCGGCAUAUAUAAAACUUGGUCAAAAGGACAGAGCAAGGAGAAUCUUACAAGAGGCCCUGAAAUUCAACUACGAGCAUCCGAAGGUUUGGGAGAAUUACCUGCUCCUGUGCGUUGAUACUGCACAAUUUGAUCAGGCUAUCAAAGCUUUCCAUCGUCUUCUAGACCUUAAUAAGCAACAGCAAGAUGAUGAAAUUCUGGACAUCAUUGCCACAAGGGUUCUAAAGAUAUGCGACGAGUUUAGCAGUGAUGAGACUACAACUGAGGCUGUGAUUCUUAAAACAGAGCUGAUAAAGCUUUUUGCUCGACUAAGCGCUGUGCAAACAAUGUCUUCAAAGAUGUGGAAAUGUUAUGCAUCCUUAAAGAAACCGAAGAACAACAACGUGGAGGAAGUGGAAAAAUACAUCAAAUUACUGGAAAGAGCACUCCUUGCGGAUUCUAACAAGCCUGAUUGGAAAAAAGAUGCUACACUGAGUUGUUCCGUGCUCUCAUCAGCUCUUGAAUUGGCUGGCGAACGCCUCCGAUUCGCCUCGAUAAAAGGAGAGGAUUCUGUCAAGCAGACAAAAGCACGUGUGCGGAUUUCUUUGAGGCCCAUAGUCACAAUUGCGGAAAAAGAAUACGGCCAGGUUGGGCGACGACCUGUGGUGAAAGCUAAGCUCGCCGUGGCAUGGCUGCUUAGUUUGGGGAAAAGUCUCUUUGCCACUCCAGCAUAUUCAAUGUCUCAGUACCCUGCACACUGGGCCCUGCCGUCUCAGACGUCGAACGGUAUGGCGACCGGUGAGAGGCGAUCAAAUCUCAGGUUGCUCAGGACGUCAUCGAUUCUGGACCAAGGCGACACACGCGCGACUCGCCGUGGAGACUGUCUCAGAAUGUGUACUUACAACGCGAGAACAGUUUCCACAGAUGUUGACCUGCAUGCCCUUCUCGGAGCUGCAGAGCGCAUCAAAUUUCACGUGAUUGCUCUGCAGGAAACCAAGUGCAGAAGGAGCGACGUACGACAGAUGAAUGACGGCGGUGUUGGUUUUGUUGUGCACCCAUCUGUCGUCCAUCUCGUCGAUUCUCACGAGAUCCUGUCACCUCGUCUGGCCAUUCUUCGCCUCCGCCCUCUGCGCCAAAAAUCCAUCAGUAUCAUCAACUGCUACUCACCAACAUCAGCAGCUGAUGAAUCCGAAUUGGACGCGUUUUACGAGGAGCUGGAGGAAGUAGUCCGCAACGAGAAGUCCUUCUACAAAUUCGUUGUCGGAGACUUCAACGCAAAACUAGGAAAGGCCACAGAAGAGGAAUACAGGAUUGGAAGAUUUGGACUAGGGGACCGGAAUGAAAAUGGCAAUCGUCUCGCCGGGCUAUUGUCCGCCGCUCGCCUCUUUCAUGGGAACUCUCUUUUCAUGAAAAAGAUCAUCGUCGGUGGACAUGGGAAUCGCCCAAUGGCGCGACUCGUGCGGAGAUCGACCACAUACUCAAAAACCGGAGGUGGUGUCUACUUGACGUCUCAGUAG